CAUACCCCCCCAAUAAUCACUACUUUCUCCGGCAACUCAAAACUCGCCGGGAUAUGGACGAGUCUUGGAGAAUGAGAAUGGGUACACCCACGUCCAUGUCUCCUCCCCGGCGAUCCACCGAGGACUCCACCUCCUACCUCCCCACGACCCUUUCAACCCCCAACACUUUACCGACGUUUUUGGUGGCCCCCCUCGCACUAUUCUCUCCCGCCAGUUCUCCGCUAGUUACCCUAGAUCCUCAUCAUCCAUGCCUUUCUUCCACCAGGAUAUUUUCCGGCAGCAGGAGAAGGCUUCGCCUCCGCCGGUCAGUAGGAGUGGCCGAGGUUUGCCUCAAUUCAGCAUUCCUUCGUGGAAGCAGUGGAGUGGAGAAAGUAAUCAGCGUAACCGUCAGAAUGAUGGUUUUUAUAAUGAUGUUUUUGGAUGGGAUGAUGAGAGUGUCGUGAGGUCAAGAUUCUUGGUUUGAAAUCAAUUGACUGUCGCUGUUGGUGUCUGCUUGUUCGACUAUGUUUCUGUAAUCAGUUGUCUGAUAUGCCACAAUCUUUCCCUGUUUAGAUCCUUGGUUUUAUCUGAUUUCUGUCCGAGUUCAUAAAGGCGCAACCUUGAAAUAUAUGAAAGAGAAAACAGAGUACACUUUUUACAUGAAAAACUUGUAUGGAGCUGUAUAAUUUGAGACUUGAGAGAGUUCCUUUUUAUACAAUGAUGUGUGCUCCCAACUGUCGACCUCCUAGAAAUCAAACCAAGAUGUUAGAAAAAGAUGAUCAGUUGUGCAGAAACGUACAUUCUGAAAUCUUGAUCCAUUUUCAGGCCAAUAAAUGUCAGGUCUAAGCGGAGUUCGACAAGAAUGGGACAUGAAAAUUACCCGACACAACAAGAGUUGCCACCGCUCAUUUGUAUUUCUGAAAAUGACUUCCUUGGGAACUUCAGGAGCUACUCUUUUGGAUCGAGUCGAAGAAAUGCAUCCCCUGAAAGCAUUAAUCUCGAACCAUUGUCAAACAGCAGUUUCAGAGUGUCUGCAGAUGAUUUACAGCUCAACUCACCAUCGUCAGCAGUUUCAUCAGUUUGCCAGUCAGACAAAGAGAUAAAAAUGAACACAUGUGAAACUGAGCAUGAGUUUUUGAGGAAGGGCACCUUGGAACAAGAUUUAGAAGAUGAAUCCGUGAGUUCGUAUAUUAUUGAGAUCAACUCUGAUAACAGGGAAUGGACAUGUGAAUCAAAUGGUGUCGAUGAAGCAAUUGUGUGGGCGAAAGAGAAGUUUCAAACACCCUUUUCAGAAGGAAAACCCAUAGAAGGUUUGAGUGAGUGUGAUGUUGAAAUUAUCAUACACUUGAAACCUACAGAAAUACUGAAGGGACACGAGCUUUCAGAAAGGACAGAGAGCUUCGAAUCAAUGGGAACUACUAAUUUCUUCAGUAAAUCACGACAGAUAGAAGCAGAAACGCAACUACUGGAUGAAAAGAUAAGGUUGUGGUCAACUGGCAAGGAAGCUGAUAUCCGGUUGCUCUUGUCUUCACUGCAUCAUAUUCUAUGGCCUAAAAGUGGCUGGCUAACGAUACCUCUGAUGAAUAUAAUUGACAGCUCACAAGUGAAGUUAGCGUAUCAGAAAGCACAGUUGUGCCUGCAUCCCGACAAGCUGCAAGAAAGGGGUGCCACACUUCCAGAGAAACACAUUGCUGAGGAGGUCUUUUCUGCUCAUCAGAUGAGGUUUUAGCCAUUUUCUUCACCAUUACUGCAUGUAAAUUUCAAAAAAACAUGGGAUAAGAUGAGAUGCAGAGUAGAAAUAUGAUUGCAGUCGAUUAUAUGACUGUGUUAUGUUAUUAUUGUAGGAUGCCUGGGCUGCAUUUAUCUCCCAGGAUAUUUUCUGUCACUGAAAAGUUGCAGAUAAUUUGAAGUGCUGUUCCGAAAUCCCAAUACUAGUUAUAGCCUGAAUAUGAUGACAAGAAUAUUGAGCAGAGGAUGGGACUGUUCUCAA